CAGCGCCGCGCCCUCCCGUGCUUAUCUGAGCGCUGGGCUACGCCGCGGGCUGCCUUAAAACCAAGCAGCAGGCUGCCCGCAGCCCCUAAACGUGGCCGCCGCGCCGCCGCGAAGCAACAACAGCCGCCACAAGACAAGUGCUCCAGCCACCAUGCCGGCCGGUUCCCGCCGCCCGUCCCUCGAGCAGUUGAUUACGACGCACCAGUCGACCUUGGAAACCAUCAUCAAGACGCCGAAGCGGCAGCAGGGCGCCGACUCCGAGGAGGCCAAGGCCGGCAUCAAUGCGAUCUACGAGCUCAUCGGGAAGGAAGAGCCUCUGACCCAGGACAAGGUCGGCGCCUUCGUCCAGCAAUUGGGCAUCGUGUUACCGCCGGCCCAGCUCGACACGCUGUUCGCGUUCUUUGCCGUGAGUGAUGCCCAGUUCCCGUCCGAAACGAAUCCCGAAGGCAAAAAAGCCGAGUCCAUGACCGUGGAUGAAUUUCGGAGGUUAGUAAGAGCCGUGGUCCAGUCCGGCGACCUUGUGGACUGCGAGGGCGGCGUCGCCGAUUCGUCUACCGAAAUCCACGCCUUCGAGCCCGCCGAACUCAAACAGUUGCAACGCGUAUUUAACUCGGUGGACGACGACGGUUCGGGAGAACUCGACUACGACGAGCUCGCGCGCGUCCUCGAGAAGUGGGGCCUGGAAAAUGUCUCGGAAGCGGACGUGGAACAAUUAGUAAAACGUUUUGACGUGAACAAAAACGGCAAGCUCGACUUCGACGAGUUCCUGGGGCUGGCGACGGCGGCCAAGUCGCUGUCCGAGGGCGACGGCGAGUCCAUGGAGGUUACGAUACGGACGCACUUCGCUCGAGAACACGCGAAGAUGAAGUCGCUCAUGGUCCGGCAAAAAAUUGCGGUCGACGCCGCGACCCUCCAGUUCUUCAAGACGGACGACGGGACGGUCGAACGAGCGGCAGCGACGGCGGCUCGCGCGUCGCUGGACUUGGCCGCGGACGAGGAGACGGCGGACGGUGCCAGAACACAUGUCGAGAAAAGACUGUCCGGUGAGCUCGAUGAUAGAUUCCUGACGGCUUGUGAGGGUGGCAAGACCAAGGAGCUGAAAUCACUCUUGGCUCGCGGCGCGCACUUGAACUGUACGCGCAAUGAGCCGCCGCGACCGUCGGCGUUGCUCUUAGCUCUGGACUGUCGACAGGACAAGGCGGCGCUCGCGUUGAUCGACGCCGGUGCGGAUUGUGCCUACCGGGACGAGACGGGUGCCGGGGCCAUCAUCAAGGCCUGCGGGAGCGGGUGUUUAUCCAAGAACCGGAAACUCCUCGGGAAGCUCGUGGAGAAGGGUGCUUCGCUGAACGACCAGGACGAGACGGGCUUGACCGCUCUGUUGGUUGCUAUUGGGCGGGGCAAGGCCGAGGAAGUGGAGAAAUUGAUAGAAGCGGGCGCCGACGUGAAUCUCGCAGAUUCCGAGGGCACGACACCAUUAAUCGCAGCAGUGAAAGAGAAGAAUAAAGGCAUCGUGGAUCAGUUAGUAAGAGCCAACGCCGACGUGAACAAGAUCGACGAAUAUAAUCAGUCGGCUCUAGAUAUCGCGGAAGGCGACGAGAAGAUCAAGGAGGUCCUGGAGAAGAACGGAGGGCUUACUGGAAAGGCGGUCCUGGACAUGGCCGGCACACCGGCGCGCGCGCCGUUGGAAAAGCUGCGCCCGGACCGCAUGGGGACGACGCGGCGGCGGUCCAUGGACGAGGUCCGGCGCAGCCGCGCCGAGCUCGAGCCGAUUGCUGACGGGGCGUAAGUUGAUUUCUCGUA